AUUUUCUGUAACCUCCAUUCACUGUUCUCUCGAGUCUCCCAAAGAAAUAUCGAAUCCGCUGACAUCAUCAUCCCCCCUCCACUUUUCUGUCUCGAUCUUUACUUUACUUGACGCUUUCCACAUACCUACAUACCUACAUACAUACAUACAUAUAUAUAUAUACAUAUAUAUAUUGAAAAAUGUCCAACCAACCCACCACCACCACCACCUCCCCGCCUAUUGGUCCAGGUCCAGGUCCAGGUCCAGUUCCAGCCCCGGCACCAGCACCAGAUUCCAUCAUCGUCUUCCCCAGAAUCGUAAUCAAAUACUGCACCCAGUGCAAAUGGAUGCUGAGAGCUGCCUACUACGCCCAGGAAAUCCUCUCCACGUUCGGGACUGGGAUCGGGGAAGUUGCCCUGGUGCCCACGACGGGCGGGAUCUUCAGCGUGGCGAUUGUGCAAUCUUCUAGUUCUGGAGCUGGAGCUGGAUCUAGUUCUGGAUCUGGAUCUGGAUCUGGAUCUGGGGACCGGGUUUCCGAUGGGGAGACAAGGGAAACGGAAACCUUGCUUUGGGAUCGGAAGAGGGAUGGAGGGUUUCCUGAGGUCAAGGUUUUGAAAUCGAGGGUUCGUAAUGUCGUUGAUCCGUCGAGGGACUUGGGGCAUACAGAUCGUGCGUUGAGGGCUGCAGCAGCUACAGCUACAGCUACAGCUACUCCUGCCCCUGCUUCGACUUUGGACCCUGUGGACAACCAAACUUGUCAAGAUUGUCAGUAGAACAGUAUAGAGAAGAUAUAUAUCACUUCAUUGCCAUCGUUUGUGGAUAUAUGCCAUAUCGAACAAGAUUGUAGACCCAGGUUUUAAAAUUGCCAAACAUCGGCCUCAAAACGCCUACCCACACGCCCCGACUCUAAAUUUCCCCGGUCCCAGAGCCAGCCUCCAUGAAACUUUGAAACCAAGACAAGAAAUGCAAAUCA